AUGUGGCUCUUUAUCUGCAGUCCAAGGGAUCACGGGUUGUCAGCAUCGUCACCCCAGCCUGGGGUCUGUCGCUAUGGAACCAAACUGGCUUGCUGCUAUGGCUGGACAAGGAACAGCAAGGGAGUCUGUGAAGCUACGUGUGAACCCGGAUGCAAGUUUGGUGAGUGUGUGGGACCGAACAAAUGUAGAUGCAUUCCAGGAUACACCGGGAAAACCUGCAGUCAAGAUGUGAAUGAGUGUGGAUUAAAACCUCGGCCGUGCCAACACAGAUGUGUGAAUACACACGGUAGCUACAAGUGCUUUUGCCUCAGCGGCCACAUGCUCAUGCCGGAUGCCACGUGUUCCAACUCUCGGACGUGUGCCAUGACAAACUGCCAGUAUGGCUGUAAAGAUACAGAAGAGGGGCCGCACUGUCUGUGUCCAUCCUCGGGACUCCGCCUGGCCCCAAAUGGAAAAGCUUGUAUAGAUACUGAUGAAUGUGCCUCGGAUAAAGCCGUCUGCCCCCGCGAUCGAAGAUGUGUGAACACAUUUGGAAGCUACUAUUGCAAAUGUCAUGUUGGUUUUGAACUAAAAUAUCUCAGUGGCCGAUAUGACUGUGUAGAUAUGAAUGAAUGUGCUGCGAAUACCCACGCGUGCAGCCUCCAUGCCAAUUGCCUCAAUACCCAAGGAUCCUUCAAGUGUAAGUGCAAGCAGGGAUAUAAAGGCAGUGGCCUUCAGUGUUCUGUUAUCCCUGAAAAUCCUGUGAAGGAAUUCCUCAGAGCACCUGGUACCAUCAAAGACAGAAUCAAGAAGCUGCUUGCUUACAAAAAUAACAUGAAAAAGAAGGUAAAAAUGAAAAACAUCGCAGAACCUGGGCGGACUCCUGCCCCUAAGGUGGACUCGCAGCCCUUCAACUCUGAAGAGAGCGUUUCCAGAGAUGGGAACCCUCGUGGAGAAAAAAAGAGGAAUGAAGAGAGAAGGAAAGAGGGGCUGGAGGGAAAGAAAAGAGACGAGAAAGCCCUGGCAAACCAUGUGGAGGAGGAGCAAAGCGUUCGGGGAGAUGUGUUUUCCCCUAAGGUGAACGAGGCGGGUGAAGUUGGUCUGGUUCUGGUCCAAAGAAAAGCUACAACAUCCCGACUGGAACACAGAAAUUUAAAUAUCUCAGUUGACUGCAGCUUUGACCACGGGGUCUGUGACUGGAAACAGGAUAUGGAAGAUGAUUUCGAUUGGAAUGCUGCUGACCGAGAUAAUGCUGUUGGCUACUAUAUGGCAGUUCCGGUCCUGGCAGGUCAGAAGAAGGACAUCGGCCGUUUGAAACUUGUCCUCCCGGACCUGCAACCCCUAAGCAACUUUUGUUUGCUCUUUCAUUACCGGCUGGCUGGAAACAAAGUAGGGAAACUUAGAGUGUUUGUGAAAAACAGUAAUAAUGCCCUGGCAUGGGAGAAGACGAGGAGCACGGAUGAACGGUGGAAUUUGGGGAAAAUUCAGCUGUCUCAAGGGAUUAAUACUCCCAAAAUCAUCGUUUUUGAAGCAGAACGUGGCAAGGGCAAAACCGGAGAAAUUGCGGUGGAUGGUGUCUUGCUGGUUUCAGGCUUAUGUCCAGAUGGCCUUUUAUCUGUGGAUGGUUGA